GAGUAAAUGCGGCCAUUUUGCCUGGUUCACCUGACAGUCCAAAAUGAAUGGAAAAGUUGAGGAUUUAACGUGACGUUUUGUUAUCCUGUAUGGGUUCCCAGAGCCAGUCCGAUUCCAGUCAACUUACUUCCCUAAUUGUAUCCUUUCUUUUACUAAUUCUGUUAAAGCACAAAGUAGCUGCUCAUGACCUGCUCAUGCAGGAUCGUUGGAGACAUCGUUUGUGUUUCAACAGGUUUCUAAUGUGUUCAUUGCUGAGACCUGGAUUGUAGUUUUGAUGUUUGAAAUACUGUAGCUUUAUAGGCGAAGACGACCAGCGAGUAGCUCAAUUGUUAUCCAUGCAAACUUUUCAGUGCAUGCAGUGCCUAAAUACGAUCUGCACUGUAAUUACAAUUUUGGAUCUUGAUAAAAUCAGCUUUAAUUUAUUAAGGUUAAUAAUAAGUUUUUGCUCAUAUAGGCUCAAGUUAGAUUUGAUAUAAACUUAAGCUUAAUUUUACUCUACUUUUGACUGAAAAGGUGUUGUGGCCUAUUUUUUCUUCUGAGCUUUAGACCCUGGAAACCAAUAUUGAUUGUUGAGCAAACAUUUACGUAUAGAAGUGAAAGUACUAAUUCAUCAAAUUUUAUAAAAUAACUAAGGUAGUACGCUCGUUCUGAUUGGUUAAAAACCUAUGGUUCAUUUUGCCAGUAAACUCAUAGAAAACUUAAAGUUAUUUUAUAAAAGCAAUAGACCACACUUACUAUGGGUUUACCAGCAUGAUAACCCACUUGGGAUGUUGGGAGAACACUCGAAAAGCUUGUAAAUCGCGAGCCGAAGGCGAGUGAUUUACAAGCUCAGGGCACUUUCCAUUUGUCAUAACUGUCCAACCAGAUCAGUCAAAUCCUAAAUAGUAUGCACAAAGGUUUUUCAGCAAGAAAAACUCUUGGAAAGAGGCUAAUUAUCCAUUGUCAAAAUAACUGGUCUGGCUGGCCAGUUUAGACUUAUGGAAAGUGCCCUCAGUUUAGGUAGUGGCUUGGGCCAAAUUUUACUUCUGAAUUUUAAGUUAAGCAGCAGGGCUGCCACCCUUCCCCCCCCCCGCCAUGUUCAAAUAUUGAGAAUUGAUAGGAAAGGUAUAAUAGGUGUUGUUAUAUUCCUAGACUUUCACUCAACUAAACAGGGACUGCCAUUGGUUGAUUCUUGGUCACGUGGCCUUGACUAAAAUCAAAUGUAUCCCGAUCGUGAUACAUUAAACAAUGUAUCCUGCUCGGGAUACAUUGCAGCACGUGAUCAAAGCAUGGUGGAAAGUGGCGUGACAGAAGGCGGGAAAAACACCGCCAGGUCCAGCCAGUUUUCUUUUUCGUGAAUGAACACAACAACACAAAAACGAAGCCUCAAGCUAAAAAGCAACGAUUUUUAAAGUUAUCCCAGAAGAAAAACAGCAGCUAGUGGAGGAAAGAGAUGCAGAUAAUAUGAGGAAAGUACUUUUGUUUGUAAAUCAUUCAUUCAGUGGUUUUGAGAAUUAAAUUUGUGUUGUUAUAAGUACCGAGUCGACUGUUUUGGUUCGCUCCGGUUAUUCUUUUGUUGCUGUUGAAGUGAAAGUCUAGAAAUAUAACAAAACACUUAAUGUCAGGUCCCUCGGGAAACCAGUUAGUUUUGUUUUCCCUCGAGUGCUGAUGUUUCCCUCGACUUCGUCUCGGGAAACAUCAGGACUCUUGGGAAAACAAAACUAACUGUUUCCCUCGGGAUCUGACAUUAAGUGUAUAAUGUCAUAAUGGGCAAUUCCAGAAAAUAUCCAUACCCAACCACGGACGGCUUCCAUGUUUUAUCCCCCCCGUGCCUUCGGAAAUUCCAAAAUGCGUUACCCCCCCAUGCCCUCAGAAUUCCAUAAUCGUGAACCCCCCCUCCCCUUCAGAAUUUCCGUUUUUUUGGACGUACAUUUUCAACUUAGCAACGCCUAUAUGAACAAACGAACGUGAAUUUAUGCCUCUUCAAGGCUGAGAUCUAGGAGCGCCAGGCGACUGUCAAGCUUUCAGACUCUAACCUACCGCUAGUAGACAGGCUGUGCAAACUCCUUUUUAGGUCCGAAUUUGGCUAUAAAAAUAAACACCACUAACGGCAAUUUUACUCCUCUUUGUUUUCUUGUGCUGUUUUGACGUUUACAAAGCAAAAUAGCUCAAAUUCAGACUGUUAAAAUCUUUCGGUGGUCAAAUAUACCGUCGAGGCGUGUUGCGUCCUUUUAUACGUCAUGUAGUGUGCAGGAAAAGUGUUCUAAUCUGACAGGCGUUCCUUGGAAGCCAGGGACUGGUGCGAGUUUUUUCACUGUUCAUCGGAUGGGAGUAACAAGAAACUUGCAAGCAGUAAGAUACAUAUUCCAUUUUUUUUUUCAUGUGACAAGAAAUUCAUCAAGGUUAAUGCGAAACCCACAUUUUACUGUUCACUUCUAUAAGUUAUGAGCGUAAACACGUGUCUGAUCUAUCGAUGCUUGUCUUCUGCUUCCGCGGUCAUACGUUCGUGGUUUAUUUACGAACUACAAAAGUCCACAACAAUAGCGUUUUCAAGGAACUCACUCUACACUUUCUACUCCAGAAAUCCCACCUGUGGAGUUACCCCAUGCCUUCGGAUUUCCAAUCGUAAAUACCCCCCCAUGCCCUCAGAAUUCCAUAAUCGUGAACCCCCCCUCCCCUUCGGAAAUCCUAAAAGCCGUCCGUGGUAUGGUAUGGAUAUUUUCUGGAAUCGCCCAAUGCAUGGCACAUGAUGUCAUUUGUGCAAAAAAUACUUGUUCAUUCUGACUGUCACAAAUUUGCGAUGACACAAAACACGUAAAAGAGAUGUUGUUUGCAUUGUAACAUUUGACCUGAUUGGUUUACUUCCCCCCAAUCACGUCACUGCUUAUGCAGUUGACUCCCAAUAACUCGAACCCUCGCUAACUUGAAUCAAAGUCUAUUAAAGUCUAUAUUUCCUUCAUACAUUUACUGUAAUUUUACCCUUAGUAACUCAAACCCUCGAUAACUUGAACUUCCCACUAACUCAAAGUAAUUUUUGUUUCCCUUCAGAUCAUUUCUAUACAAUUUUACCUUUGAUAACUCGAACCAUGAUAUAUGCACAUGACAAUUUGGGAAAAAACCAUGUACUGAAGUCCAAAACAUUGAUUUUAUUUUAAAACAACUGUGUGAAUUCUUUGUCGUUACUUUUUUGUCACUCUGGUUCAAAUUCAGUGUCCAUCCCUGUAUACUUUGUUUCUUAACGGAAUUCCCUCCCCAUCCAUUUGCUUAUUUCCUUACUUCUGGUUAUUUACUUCAAACUCCCAAAAACUCGAAAUUUUUUCAAUUUCCCUAGAAGGUUCGAGUUAUUGAGAGUUGACAGUAGUACAAACGCAUACUGGAGUUUGUGAAAAAUGAAUAAAUAGCUCAAACAACGCAAAAUAUUGUCGGAAAGUCAAGUCUUCAAGAGAAACGACAAAUUUCAGCAAUUAUCUGAGAGAUUUCAUACUCUAAUUGGGAGAUAUGGUCCAAAAUCUGGAGUCUUCCAGAUCAUUCGGGAGAGUUGACAGCACUGAAGCUGUCAUCAUGGAUUGAGUUUAUAUUAUGAGUCUUAACAUAGCACACUCAGAAAUUAUUUACCGAGGCUGGGGAUAUACAAGAAAAGCUCGGUAGGAUUUCAAUAAUUAUCAGGCCCUGGUUAUUCAAAUGUUGGAUAGUGCUAUCCACCAGAAAAAUCACUUUUCAGCAGAUAAAAACCUUUGGAGACCAAUAUUUAUUUAUAAAAUGCCAAUUGUUGCUAUGCUAGCAUUAGCUAGGGCAAGUUACUUCAUGUUUGCCUCGCUGUUAGGAAUGUUUUGCCAGGAGGGACGUCUGUGCCUCAGUGACAGAAAUUCCAUACUGAUGACGUAAAGUCUGUCCUAAUCUGGUCAGGAGCUCUGAUUGGUCAACGUUGUAUUAUGUGAACAUAAUGAUUUACAUCAUCAGUAUGGAAUUUCUCUUGACAAGGCACAGAUGUCCCUCCUGGCGAAACGUCCCUAGCUGGCGGCAAGGAGUGAGAAGAGACAGAUGUUUUCACUGGCUAGUUUCUUUUAUGGUCUAGAUUUAUGCCUUUCCCUUGUGAUGGACUGGCAGUUUGCCUGUCCUGAAAUUCUCACAACAGCCUAGGUCCCAGUUGUUCAAACGUUAGAUGGCGUCAUCAUGACGCGGAUAAAUCUUUAUCCAGCGUUAUCCACUGGAUAGAGAUUUAUCACACAGUGGACAGUGUUUAUUGACCCAGCUUUUGAACAGUUGGGACGUGGAAAGAGUUGUUUAAAAGAUAGUGCCGUGUUCAGUUCACUAUACGUUUCUGGGAAACUGCCCACCUACCCCUCCCCUAACUCACCAUUUUGCCCUAAGUGAAAAUUAAGUGUUAAUGUUAGCUUAAGGGAGGGGUAGGUGGAGAGUUUCCUAGAAACGACUAUACUGAUCCCAGUGUUCAACCAUUUACCAUGGCAGCUCAUAUUCUCUUACAUGUAUUGCAGUUAACCAAGGACAAUCUGUUAACUGGGCUUCAAACAACUUGACCCUAAUCAUUACUUUUUUGUUCUGAUUGUGUUAUGCUCUAACACCAAAGGGGAUUUGGACCAACCAUUUAGAGUUUAUCUUCAAUUUUAAUAUAAUUUUUAAUGUGACUCUUAUAGAGCAUUUCACCAGUUUGACAAGUCAAGUUCUACCAUGUUUGACGUUAGUAGAAGUGGAAGCAAAGCUGUUUUCAAGAAUCCUUCCAAAGGUUCUAUUAAAAAUUUUUAUAAUGGAGAAAAUUUGUUACCAAUUUUUACCACUUAGCUUAUACAUGGUUGGUUGCUUCCUAAGGUACAAGGUAACAAGAAUUUACCUGCAGGCUCUGGCAACCAAAUUAUUCCUUCAGGCAGCAAGGAAAUGUUUUUUUGCUGGCAAAUUUACAUGCUGGGUUACCAUAUUUUUAUAGGGUAGGCUUUUGGGCUUUUUCGGAUGGAAUAAUAAGACUGUAGAUGUUCCUCACAAGUACUAAGCUAUGAAAAGAGUGUGAUGAAACUCAAAAAACAUGUAACUUAUUAUAGCAGUCUAAAAAUUUUUUUUUUCCUCAUUGAAAGAAAAAGCAAACUUGGCCAUUAUCAGGUGAAAAUCGAGAAUAGGAAAUUGAGAAUCCCGAUUGGAUACCUGAGUCGAUUCUCAAUACUCAACUCGUGCAAGGAUUGAGUAUCAAAUUGUCAACUUACUUUUGAACAGUACUUCACUAUUAUUGUUGAAAGGUGUAUGAUGCUGUCUCAGAUGCAGUUUCACAAAUUGAGGCUGUUGUUCGGUCACAUCUUGGGGAUGCAGAGAGAGAUAGCAGUUUUCAUUCAUCUCGCUCACUUCUGCAGGUUUGAAGUUAAAACUAUUACUCCCAGAAAUUUUUGAAAACCCCUUGAAAAAUAUUAUUGUCUUGUUUCUAAAUACCACUAGAAAACUCCGGGAAUAUUUCGUAAUAAUUAUUGCUAUUGGCCGGGUGAAUGGACAUUCAAUGGACAUUCAGUGUAGUGGCAGAAUAUAGCAAGGAACAUUAAUUUUGCAGUACAGUAUUCAUGUUUUGGAUGAUGGGUUUCUAACACUUCUGCCAGUAAAUCCUAGACAUCUUAGUCUCUAACCAAAUGCUCAUACAAUGUAUAGGGGAGGAAAACAAGUAUUUCUAUAGGCCAAUAAUUCUUUUUGUUUAUUCAAGUACUUGCAACAUGCAAAAUUUUUAUAGCAAGCCUGAUGUUCUCAACACAUAAAGAAAAAAAAUGUAUGGUGUUGUUGCAUGUUAUUUGCUUUCAGUUGGUCUUAUCAUUUAUGGCCUGUCUGGAGAGCUGUAUAGGACACAUGAGUCAGCUGUCACUUACUGAUGAACUGUGUAUGAGUCACUUACAUUCCUUACCAUCUGCUGUCAUUCAGACUGUCAAGACAGCAUUUAAACAUUGCAAGGUACCGUGUAUGGUCCACUACUUUUGCUUUGUAGAUCUUUAGUGGCAAGAAAAUUUAGCACAAUGGCUAUACCUGAAACCACGGGACUGGAUGUGUUAUCUCUGUACUCUAACACUUUUAAUACUUGACACUGCAGCUGCCCCCGCUCUUUAUGUUGUUGGUCAAUUUUAUCCUUGGUCUUUGUGUAGCUCUUUGAAAGAUAUUGAUUCAUAUUGAAGAUUUUCACACUUAUUCCAUUUAAUAGGUGAGAUAUAUAAAAGCAGGAAAGGCAAUAUUUAAGAGCUUUAAUUAAAACACUCUGAGUUUCAAGAAUUUUUUCACACUUGCAUUUUAGUAAUUGUUUUAAAACUAUUAAAAUGGCAUUUAAACAAUACUUUGCUUCUAAAAAUACUUUAUCGAGGGAUAUCUUUAAAAAGGGAAUACAUCAGCACAGAAUUUAAUUGUAGGCAAAUUUCUGUAAUUGUCUACCCUGGAAACAGAGGCUACAUUUUCUAGGUGUGAGCUGGCAUUUGAAAAGUACUGCAACAGUGUAGGCACCUUAGUUCACACUACGAAAAUGUAACCUCUGCCUGCAGGGUAGUAACUGUCCAUUAUUCUGCUUAUAUUAAAGCUAACUUGAUUCUUUUUACUUUCUUGGAAAAACUUACUUGUUCGUGGACUGAUUCGUUGAUCCCCUCAAAUUGAUUUGUGUCUGACAAAUCAUUUCCAACCAACAAAUUUUAAAUGAUCAACUGGUGUCUGGCAAAUCCUCCAAGUGCUUAUACACAGUUAUACACCCUUUAUAACUUGCAUCUGCACUACCAUCUUUCGUUCUAUAAUUUUGGUCUAACACAAGAUUUUCUCUUCCGUGGUCGGAGAGAUUUUGAUGUUUGUUUAAGAGAGAGACAUUCCAUUUUCUGUUUUAAGUCAUCCUAACCAUUUCAUAAUUUACGGGCAUUUAGGGCUGAAACGUUAUCAUUACCUAACAAUUCCUCACGGCCCCUGUUUAAGAAAAUCAAGUUUUCUGGUGUACUAUAACGUCGGCAUAUUUUAACUGUAGGUACUUUCCUAUAUAUAUAUGUGUGAGCUAUUACAUGACUGUAGGAUGCCCCCUUGGGAUUUCGCCUUCUAGCUGAAAUACCUGCUGGGGCAACAAAGCGGGGAAGAAUAUUCCUAAAUUCAGUGUUAAAGAUUUCAUUAAAGGAAGGAAAAUCUAAAAUGGUUUUUGACAUCUCCUUUUCUUAUAAUAAUUAUCUAAAACUGCAGGCCCGUUUAUACAGGGAAAAAUGAGAUGGCACCAAGAUGUUAGGGGCGAGCUGUACCCAUUUAUACCAGCACAUAAGGUGCUUCUUAGCUUUAAACAUGUGCUAUAUACUACAUGAGGACUUUUAUGCCAUUUGCCCUUUUUAUUCAAGAUGCAUCAUACCUUUCCUUAUGUACAGUUUUACUCUAUUCUUAAACACCAUGUGCAAAGAAAGAUUAUACUGACAAUACUUUGUAAUAAUGAUGUGAUUGCUUUUUACUGACAUCCUGAUUAUGUUCAUCAUUCCUUGCAGGAUAGUGAGAAUAUCUAUGGUGAAUUGUUUCAACUUGUAUCACAAGAUUUGGCAACAUUGUUUAAGAAGACUUAUCAACUGCAAAAGGUCAGCACUGAAGUUACUGUGACAUCCCUCUCCAAAACCUUGGGUGCUAUAUGGAAUUCUGUGUACGUGUAGCUUGUUUUCUAGUCACAUAUGCUGCACAUUCUAGGCACCUCUUUCUAUUUAUUUCUUUGCUAAUUACGCCUGUCAAGUGACCUAGAAUUUAGCGAGUUCUUUGUUAGUUUAUUUUGGGUAUACUGGAUUCUGGGCCUGCUUUUUUCCUCUUAAGUCACUGCAUAUUUUUAUUUCUCAACUGUCUUUGCUAUUAUGCUGUGCUCUGUGUUAAAGCCACAAAAAGCCAUGCAUGCAUGCUGAUGAAAAUAGACCAUGGCUGCACUAAGGGUAUUAACGUAUUAAGACCGAUAGAAUGCCAAAAAAAGCAGAAUACAGCCGUAUUGACAGUACUAACAUCACUCGAUGGCGGAAUAAAAUACCAGAACAUAGAACAUGGCCGUACUACGCAUACUAACAUACUAAGACCAACUGCCCGUAUGUGUAUAAACAUUUUGUUUAUUAUUUUGUAAGAUAUUUUUUUUGUAAGAGGUAUUCUUUUUUUGGAUGAAUAAUUCAUUGAUUGAUUUGCAGGGCUGUUCUCUAGCAGAGCCCAGUGGCCCCUGGCGCCUAACUUUUGCUCUCGGGCGACUAGAAAAUUGUAGCUUUUUCAUACAAAUCAUAUGCUGGGCACCCUAGAUUUUAUAGGAUCAGAGCACUGGGCUCCCUACAAUUUUCCUUAGAGCACAGCCUUGAUUUGAAUAUGAUCAUAACUAGUUUAUUCUGACCUGGAUAUUGUACAAUGUAUAAAGACAUUGUUUGAUUUAUUUUGUAACUAUUUUGUGAUGUAUAUGUUAUUUUUUUAUUACUUUUAUUAUUAUUAUUAUUAUUAUUAUUUAUUAUUAUUAUUGAUGAAUGAGCAAGUUUACUUAGCUUUUUUAUAAAGUUUUUUUUCUUCUAUUUUAAUUUUUUUCCAAGGCUCUGAUGGAGUUGCUAGACAGAAUUCAGUUUAGUUACAAUGUGUGUGACCAAGAUGUCAAAGAUAUCACAGAAGGUACUGUUAACACCAUAGACAAGUCAGUGUGAUAUAGUUGAAGAACAUGAGAUGUUUGUGCAUGCAUGUAAAAGCAAAUUAUUAAAUGGCAGGUUCCCAGACAGAUAUGCCAUGAAACAUUAGUUUCUCUGGUGGAGUGGUGUACCUUUCACACAUUAUUCAUUCCGGGUGGGUUUCAGUAGGGUCAUAAAUGGACAGAUAGCGGCUGCCUGCGGCUGCUUACUGUUAACACAUGUUAAUAUAUAAUGUAAAGAGGGCGAAUUAUCUGUUGUCCUCUCAUCCACUACAUUUCAUUUCAUUUGUGAGUCUGUUUCUUUUAAAUGGAAGUGGAAUGGCCAAUGCUUAAAUGCCUUGCUGAUUUUAGAGAUCUUUAGAUUCCAGGACAAAGACGACUACGAGUAGAAGAUUUGACUUAAAGUUUUUUCGCGUAUUCUCAAAAUAUAGACUCUCUGGAAAGCUUCAUUUUACCAUUUUUCACUAGAAAAGUUAGCACUGUUACCUUAUUGAAGGAGGUUACACCCUCUCCCAAUCGCAAAAUAAUAAAACUUCUAACCUUUGAUAACUUGUUUCUGCCACUUCAACAUUCUCACUAAAACUUGUAGUAGAGUGACGACGGCUACCACAUUUUCCUGCCAAAAUGACACUGGUUCACAUGCGAGCACUACGUAAUAUUGAGAAAAUCUCGUACUCUUAGUCGUACUUGUCUUAGAAUCUAAAGGUCUCUGUUUUUUUCCACAUUCAAGUUUGUCACCAGCUCUUGGAAAUCUGUACUCUCAUUGGUGAUUUGGACACAAGCAUACUGGUAAACACUUGGAAGGCAUUAAAGAGGUGAGUAAUAGCCUCACUAUAGAAACUAUUUGAUAAACCAGAGACAAUAUAAAUAUAAUGGGUCCUGGACUAAGAACUGAACGAAAAAUAAAUUAUUAAUAUAACAGGCCUGACAAAGUUUAACACUGUUUUCAGACUUCUGGUGAAGCAUAAAGAACAUAUAAAAAACCAUCUAGAGGUAUGUACUUGAAGUCAGUCACAAUAUAAGUCGGUUACUGUGGGUACAGGGCUGCAAAUAACGGCCGGUCAACGGACAAUGUCCGGUCAAAAAUAGGUUUUGUCCGGUCAAAUCCUUAGAUGGCCGGACAAUUUGUCCGGUCGUCUAGGCUGGUAAGGAAAAAAUUUAGAGUUUCAAGUUUUAAAUAUUUAAAGGUUCAAUAUUAUUGGCGUUUGUGAAAAAGGAGGGGAAAAGAUGGAUACUUAACUACCAGACCAAAAUUUCCGGCUGUCGUGGCUUUGUCAUUCACCAAGUCGUCACCGCAAAUUAGCGGGUCUUACAAAUGUGUACCAGUCACGGGUGUGAAUUACUUGUUUCAUAUUUAAACAUCAUGUGAAGGGGUGAGGGGGUACUUUUAUAGCGAUAAGACGUAAUCGAUGUUUGUCCGGCCAAAAAUGGGAUAUGUCCGAGCAAAAAUAGGUUUGACCGGACAAUUUGACCGGCGCUAGCCGGGAAAUUAUUUGCAGCCCUGGGGUACAUAUAUUACCUAUACAGUCUUUUUUGCAUGGUAAAGGUUUGUUUUCACAUCUUCUGCCAUUUGUUGCAUUCAUCACAUUUCAUAGUGGAAAUUUUAUUAUUGGCUUACAGUGCAUUUUGCUUGGUGCAGGUUGAUAGGUUGAUUUGUCAUCUGUGUAUAUCAAUUGAAGCCAAGCUUGAACGAUGUAUUCAUAUUGCCCCAGUUGUUAGUGAAAAGGUUGAAAGAGACAACUCUCAUAAGGUAAAUCUCUAACUCUUCAAUUUCAGCUGAUUUCAGUGCUGUGUAUACACCCUGAUUUUUAGACAUGAUUUGACCGUCAUGAUUUGACCGAGAGGUUACCAAGCAGUACAGUAUUUUACCUUGAAUAUCCUACAGGAAUCAAAGCACACAAUCCGAAAGAUACUUUAAUGAUAGCUUGAAUGUUUCUCUUGUACGUAAUUCAGAAAAAGAGGACUGUGAUCCAUAAUUUGUUUUCCUUUUCAGACAAGAGCCUCUCAUACAAGUCACGCAAUCUAAUCGCAAUACAUGUUAUCGGGCAUGUGGACGUCUCGAUCAAUAAGUUUUUCAGUUGUUUUCUCAACUUUUUUUGGGCUUCUACCUUGAUCUUUAAAGAAAUGGGCAAUUCCAGAAAAUAUCCAUACCCAACCACGGACGGCUUCCAUGUUUUAACCCCCCCUUGCCUUCGGAAAUUCCAAAAUGCGCUACCCCCCCAUGCCCUCAGAAUUCCAUAGUCGUGAACCCCCCCCUCCCCUUCAGAAUUUCCGGUCUUUUUUUGGAAGUACAUUUUCGACUUAGCAACGCCUAUAAGAACAAACGAACAUGACUUUAUGCCUCCUCAAGGCUGUGAUCUAGCGGCGCCAGGUGACAAGCUUUACUCUUCAGUGACAAGAAAAACCUACGCUAGUUGCCAGGCCGUGCAAACUCCUUUUUAAGUCCGAAUUUGGCUAUAAAAAUAAACACCACUUAAGGUAAUUUUACUCCUCUUUGUUUUCUUGUGCUGUUUUGACGUUUACAAAGGAAAAUAGCUCAAACAGACUGUUAAAAUCUUUUGGCGGUCAAAUAUACCGUCGAGUCGUGUUGCGUCCUUUUAUACGUCAUGUAGUGCGCACGAAAAGCGUUCUAAUCUGACAGGCGUUCCUUGGAAGUGAGGGACUGGUGCGAGUUUUUUACUGUUUAUCGGACGGGAGUAACAAGAAAUUUGCAAGCGGUAUUAAAAGAUACAUUUUCAGUUUUUAUUCACGUGACAAGAAAUUCAUCAAGGUAAAUGUGAAACCAACGUUUUACUGUUCACUUCUAUAAGUUAUGAGCGUAAACACGUGUCUGAUCUAUCGAUGCUUGUCUUCUGCUUCCGCGGUCAUACGUUCGUGGUUUAUUUACGAACUACAAAAGUCCACAACAAUAGCGUUUUCCAGGAACUUACUCUACACUUUCUACUCCAGAAAUCCCACCUGUGGAAUUCCCCCAUACCUUCGGAUUUCAAAUCGUAAAUACCCCCCCAUGCCUUCAGAAUUCCAUAAUCGUGAAUCCCCCCUCCCCUUCGGAAAUCCUUAAAGCCGUCCGUGGUAUGGUAUGGAUAUUUUCUGGAAUCGCCCAAUAUGAUAUUUUACCCUUUUUCAAUAAAAACAAAUGUUGCUUUCUUUUACGUAUGGUUGUCUUUAUUUGCGCUCAUUAGGGUCAUAGGUCAAGGAACGAACAAUGGUCGACAAAACAAAACUUUCGAACUCUCCAGCAAAUUCUUUCACAACGGCAGACUGACUGACCUUGCCAGCCAGAUUUUCGAAAUUUUCGUCCAUUAUGAAAUCGCCUACAGAAAUACAUUCGAACUCGGCAAUCAAAUUCCAGGUUUAUCACCUGAUCACAUCUUCACAUGUUAUCAUAAUUUCUGUAUGAUGUCGCCGCUUUCCAGGCAACUAAGCUUUCCUCUUCAGGUAAAACGUCGGGAUUCUAGCUUCGUUACACUUAUGUCCUUUAGUGCUAAGCUUUCCUUGCCAGCCAGAUUUUUUUCUCACUGUUUCGGAUCCCACAGCAGAACUCUCAAUUAUUUUUGCAACCGUUUACGUACUGCGAAGCGAUAUGUCACGUGAUUAGAGUCGAAUCGUAACAGGUCGGAUCAUGACCAUUGAAUCAUGCGUGAAAAUCCGGGUGUAUACAUAGCAAUGAAAUCAGCUGUAAAUUUAAUUAGAUUUAUUCUCUUGUCAUGAUAAAAUGAAAUGGUCAGGUGUCGAUGAAAAUUUGGUUAUUGAGAGUACUGCAUAUAUAAUAAUUCAGACAGUUCAAGUUUGAUUGGUUGAUUGAUUAAUUGAGUAAUUGAUUCUUGAUUGAUUGAUUAACUAUUUUAACCAAUAACUGACUGACUGUAUGUAGGCUGCUGUGAUUUUUUUUUCUGAAAUUUGAGCUUCCAAACAUGUAGGUGUGUCAUUAAGAUUUCAAGUUGCUGGGUAUGUGCAAUAAGUAGAUAUGGAAUUGCACAUCUAUGAAGUUUUAGUUUUAGCUCUAUUUUCUGUUUGUUUCCUAUGAACGUAGCCGGAGGUCAUGCUUAUAGAAGUUUGGGGAAAUCCCUGGCUCCCGGCAUUCAGUGAAAGCCCUGACAUAUGGUUAAUCUAUCUACAAUAUUGUUAAAUCUACAAGGAGUUCGGAGUAUUUUGUUUUGACAUUAAUUUACAAUGGUUCAUUAAAUAUAAUCUGACUGGUAAAUUUAAUGGAACAAUAAUUGAUUGAUUGAUUGAUUGAUCCAUAAAAAUUAAUAUGGCUAUUUUGGUCAUUCUAGGGUGCUAGUAUACAUGUAGUUGCUGAUGAAGCAGCCUUUGGGAAGAUGCUAAAGGUUAUGCGCUUCCUUGUUGGUCACCUUGUUCACCUGGUUAAGGUACAUUGUACAAACAUGUAAUCCUUACAGUAAAUGGUCAGAGCUUUCAUCCUAUGUAUAUGUCUUUUUCUAAAUCUGGGCGCCGAAAUAAUGCUAAAUCUGCUUUUCAAUACACUGUUAACAAUAACACCACAUAAUACGCAAAAAAGAAGAAGAAGAAAAGAAAGAACAACGUAUGGACCUUUAAGACGAUAUUCGCGGUUGGUUGCCCAUCCAGUUCUUAACCGCAACUGGCAGGGCUUAACUUGAGUGCUGUUACCAAACUGAGUUUCGCGAGGCUUAUUGCGAGAUACGUAUUUCUAGUCCUAUGUAUAUAGUAGUAGCAUUUGACAAAUUUAAGUACAUUGUAGAGGAGAAUAUUUACCUUUUCACUUUUGGUCUAUUCAUGAUGGCCUGGGCUUCAAUCCUUUUUCUCCACUGUUAACCCUUGUUGUCCCAGAGUGAAUGAUGAAACCUUCUAAGGUGGUUCUAACUUAUUUGGAGUCUGUGCAUGACAUCCUGUAGUGGGACCCUUCAAACGAAACCUCUCAAGAAGUACUUUUACAAAGUACGUGUUUGUGUUACAAAUAAUUAUUUUUUGUUUUUCUGCAUUCUGAAUUUUGACUUCACCCAUAUCUAGAAAUGAAAGGUUAGUGUAGCAGGAUGAUUACCCAAAUGUCUCUGCAUAGGGGCUCAUGGCUGGACUAUAUAAUGGGGAAUGUCUUCCAUGGGAACGGUUUGUUGUUUCUGAUUACCGUGAAGAGCACUCAGAAUACUGUACAUCCCUCCAGGGGUGUAGCCAGGAUUUUUCAAAGGGGGGGUCACAGCAGGGACACCAUCCGGGGAUCGCCGACUGUAUAAGGUUUAUACCACUGCUCUCCCUCGUGUAUCAGCGGGCUCAGUUGUAUUAAUUAUCGCGGCAUGAAGGCCCAUAUUAACUAAAGACAAGAGCCGUUGACAAAAAUACUUUACAAAAAAACAAAUUUUAAAAAAGUGGGCUUUUCAACAAUGGCUUUUACAGCCAAGACAUUGUCAUGGCGUUUUCACCACCUGAAAAGGCCUACCAAGGGGAGGUCACGGGCACCCCAGGACCCCCCCUAGCUACGCCCCUGCAUCCCUCACACCUGUUGUCUACUUUAAGCACUUAUGCAGCUGUUAGUUCAAGCUGAUUUGUUUUUCGUGGCCUCAGUUAUUGGAACCUAAGCUACAUGUUGUUUACACAAAUUAAACAGCAUGCAAGGAAAGUCAUGUUUGAUAGCUUAGGUCUAGUGGAUUUUGUUAUCAGGCUCAUGAAUUUUGUUCUCUACUCGCCCAUGUGCAAUCAAAUUUUAUUGUAAUAACUAUUUGAUUAUUUUUCAGGCUAGUUAAAAUUACUUUCAGGCUAGUACGUGCUAGCUUCAGCUUUAAAACUGACUUUCUUUGCACCCUGAAAAAGUGUUUAAUUGUGUGCUGCUAUGUGGCAGGUACAAAUUUAACAAGUAUAGAAUAAUUUCAGUAGAUAAAAUAUAUUUCUGUACCAUGAUUAAGUGAUCUGUUUUCUCUCUUUUCAGGAAUUUGAUGGUUAUUAUGACAAGUGUAUUGAAAAUGUUUUUCAGUUUUUACUGAUUAUACAAAGGUAAACAGCUAAAACAAGUAAAAGCUACAUUGUAUAUCUCUUACCAUUCACAGGUAUAUCCCUUGUUAUGUACAGUCUACUAAUACUUGUUUUUAUUCUUAUAAUAAAUUUUGAAUCUGUGGACUACAUCCAAAAGGAGAAAAUUUUCCUGAUUAUUUUAUUUUAUUAGCUUUGCCAAAGAACCAAAAAAAAACAUACAAUGUAAUUAAACUAAAGAAGGGACAGGGAUGCCGCAACAGCUGAGGCCGAUUACAGCAGGCCCGGGUAAAAAAAAGGGUGUGAAAUGUUAAGAAUGACAAGAUACAAGGAAAGAGGUUAACUGCAUACAACAAACAAUCGGAUGAUAUAGCAAACGGACACAGUAUUACAUUCUAAAAGUGAUUUACACAAAAUAUUCUUAAGGCUUUUUCAGGAAAUGAUUUCUGGGUUAACUGUUAUCAGAAGUUGGAUGGUUAUCAUGGGAUCAACUACCGUAAAAUUCCGAAAAUAAACCCCUCCAUGUAUAAGCCCCUCCAAAUAUAAGCCCCCCAAACUGGUAACACAAAAAACCCUCCGUUAAAUCGCCCCUCCAAAUAUGAGCCCCCGAAGGCUUGUACUUGGAAAAUUGCCCUCAAAUACAAAGUAAAACAAUGAGCAAAAAUGGUAAAUUUACUUCCAACUAUAAGGCUAGCCCAAUCGAGUUUGAAACGCAAAUUUCCCUCCGUAGAUAAGCCCCUCCGAAUAUGAGCCCCUCCAAAAAUAAGCCCCUCAAAAAGGGCCUUUGAAAAAUAUAAGCCCGGCUGGGGCUUAUUUUCGGAAGUUUACGGUACCUUCAGAAGAGACGGUUUUUUGCAAUCCCAGACUUGCUAUUAUGCCAAGAACAUUUUUUGAAGAUCUGCGACCUUUUUCAUCAGUGUCACAAAUGCUUUAUACACUCAAACGGAAAUGCACAAGAAUAGGCCUCUGUAAUUCAUCAGAAACAUUUCCUGAGAUUUAAUCAUCCAAAAACAAGACAGUUGGCUGACCGUGGGUCGACUGUUGGUCAUCUGUCAGUUUAGGGGAGUUGUUCUUCACAAUUACCAGUAACUUUGCUAAUGCCAUCCCUCUAUUAUUGUCUCUGACUAUCAGUUUUAAGACACUUAGCAACUUUAGGCUAGUCUUUGGAAGCUUAGACAUAUAACUAUAUAAGUCUUGACUGUUUUGUUGAUUAAUUACAUUCUGCUAAUAAGCUGCCCUACCUUCUUUUCAUUUAAUUUAGCAAAUUACCCCCAAGUCUGAGUGCUCCAAAGAUUGCUGCUUCUGCAGCUGAAGGAGUUAAAUCUGCAUUGUUAGUUGUGGUAAGUAUGAAAAUGAAUUGUAACUUGUGGUAAUGAUAUCAACAAGGUUCUUUAAUUUCCUUUUUGAAUUACAGAUGUAGGCUAAGUACAUGUAAAGCUCUAUGGUAAACAGUGAAAUAGAUAUUUAUUUUAGAAGGGAGUCAUUUUCCCAGAUUUCUUUCCAAAAUUUCACAUCAAAAGUUCUUAAAAGUUUUUUUUGCCUGAAACAUAAAUUAUAAUUGUAUUUGUAGUACUAUAAGUAGGUAAAAUCCUUUCCUCAGGUCAAAGCACUGUUCAACCUAGGUUUUUAGGUUAACUCAGAACCCUAGUGAAAAGGUAACAAUAAGAAGAUGAAUACUUGUGUAAUCUGAGAGUGGAUUUUACCUACAACAUCUUUACAUCAUACUUAAUUGUAGCAUUAAAUGUGCAUCACUACUGUAAAUCAAACAGGGCAAGUCCAUAGGGCUAGCUACAAUAGCUUUCUCAUCAACAGAGCAACUGUCCUUAUCUUAACCUAUUGGAGACAGACUAAAACCAGUUGCUGCUCUAGCUAAUUUCUAACUGACAUAACCAUAUUUUAGUAGGGUUCUUGCAAUUUUGCAAUAUUGUUUUUAGCUCCACGAAACCAAUUGCAAAAGUUAAAAUAAUGUUUUAGGAGUUGCAACCCGCAAUGUGAGCACAGUACCUAUUAUAGGACAUAACCUUCUAUGAUUUAUUUAAGUUGAGCCAUUUGGUUUAAAAGAACAUCACCUUUAACAGAUUGAACCGCUCUUAGCUGUGCUGGUCACAAACAAGAAGUUUGCCAUUUUGGUAACGAAAGAGUCUACAGGCAAGUUAGUUGGACACUACUUUCAUGUCAAAGUCAAGCAUGAUUUUCAAUUAUAUACUGUUGCUUGCAAUUUUAUGUCAGUUCAUCAAACCAGGCUUACAAAAGUUUCUUUACAAUUCCAACUCCUGAUAAUUAUUGCAAAAAUUUAAAAUGGUUUGCCUGUGGAGCAGCCUUUGGCUGAGUAGCAUUGCUUGGUAACAAUUCAAAACUACAUUGUAUAAACCUCCCUGAAUAAAUAUUCAGUGUCCGAAAAUGUGUUUUUCCUUGAGUAUUACAGAAAGUUUACAUGCCUAAUGUAUAUGAGGCUUCAGUCUCUCUAAGUAUUAAUUUUUUUUGUUUCUUCACAAUAUCAAACCAGCUUAUCAUUGUCCAUGUAAUGUGUCCCUUUAUUACCAGUAUUUAAAAUGGCAACUUUUUGAGUCUUGAAUUAAAUGAAAGAGUACGGAUUUCUUGGAUUGAUGCCUUCAAAAGGGUGAGGAAUACAACGGGACAAUAAUAUUUCCAAGCAAGGUUCUAUAAGUCUGCAAUGCUGAUGUUGAUGAAUAGUAUUUCUUGUCUAUGCAACUUUAGUGAGUAAAUAAUUGAUUAUACACCAAUAAUUUGCAUACCUCACUAAGACCCUAAUGUGCCAUUAUUUCAGAAAUUGACGAGACUCUCCAGUUCUCACAGUGUUGUCUACUAGCUUCUAUACUUUCCAUUUUACCAAAGACAACAGGUACGUUAGUUGUGAUCAGUUUCUCCCAAGAUACAAUUUUUCUCACCAGAAACAUUUUGAAGUUUCCUUAUUGUCUCCUAUUGUACACAGUCAUAGUCUAGGUUAAUUGAACUUUAUGAUAUGCUUAUUUAGCUGUUUAGACCCAGUCAUAUUGUUCAUCUAAUAGACUAGCUUAUCUACGUGGUUUAUGUAAAAUCACAGUUUUUCUAGGCUGAGCCUGUGGAAAGCAAACUAAUCAAAUUACCUGUGUGCCAACAUCACUUUUUUUACAAAUUUUAUUACAGAGGAUGUAUUUCAAUAUUGGGUUAUGCCUACUAAUUAUCCUGAGGUAAUUACUGGGAAAGUACAGUAUUAUUUUUUGACUCAGACAUUAUCAUAGUAUGUCAAGGUAGUAAUUAAUUUAACGCUAAUUCCCGUAGUGAAUAAGAGAUACGUGCAUUGAAAUGAAACCUUUUUUGCAGCUCUUUCCCAAUGGUACUUUUCUUCCUGAAUUCUGAUGUCAAGCAGUCUUUUACACAACAGUAGCUAAGAAACCCUGUUGGGCUUUAUUAAAAAUUAAUCCCUAACAAAACUAGAGUUGAAAAGGCAAAGAAAACAUCAUUUACUCAUCUUUAUUUUUUGUUUUGUUUUGUUUUGUUUUUUCAAAUCAGAGGCAAACUCAUUGUGAAGAAAAAAGGCAAACAAAAACAAAAUCCCAAAACUAAAAAAAUUGUUUGAAAGUUAGUGUAUUAAAGUCAUAAAGUUAGAGCAGGCAAAAUCAAAGCAUUAAAGAGAUAAAUAAUGUGUUUUGCAGCUUAGCUUAAUUGAAAACUGCUCCUCUGUUAUAAUUAUAUGUACAUAAACUCUCUAACCGACAACCUAAAAUUUUUUAUGUAUGUUGUACACUCUAUUGUCAGGAAAGUUCCUGACUAACGGGAUUUGCUGUGUAAUUUGUUAGAGAAUGACCAAUCAAACGCUACUGUAGUUAGCAUAUUAGAAAAUUAUUACCGGUAUAACUGGUUCUAUUCGCUUUUUUAUAGGAGGAAAAUCGCCUUUCUGUAAUGGAAGUUGUUUUUAAAUCCUUCAAACUUUGUAAGUUUACAGGCUUUGGAGUCUUUUAUCAUUUGAGAUAGAAGUUUCCAUCUAUUUUUUAAAUAUAUUACCAUGCUACCUAUCCGGCUACUCCUUGAUGAUAAGUGGUGUUGUUGUAUGUCUGCAUGUUCCAGGUGUUCUUGAAGUUUGUCUACCAGUAUUUGUUGAUGGUAUCAUGAGCAAUGGAAAAGCUUUGAGGUACAUUACAUUUUAGUUCCUUCAUCAGCUAUACUGGUGCACCCGCCAAGAAAUUUCCUGAUCUCUUUUCCUUUAUUUUUCUUUUUGUUUUACUGGUUUACAGUAAAACACUGCCCAGUGGGAACAGACACAAACGGGAGACUAUAUCCCAUGCGAGGUGACUCCCCCCCUCCCCCCCGUUAUUGGUUGCCGAUCCCUCAUCCCACAACCUACAGAAGAUGGGGGGAGAUCAGUGAAAGUGUUGUUAGAUGGGGCUUACGGUUUUUUCAUUUCCUUGAGAGGAAUAGAAUGACUGAGUAACCAUUCGUGGGCAUCAGUAGAGAGUUUGAGUCACCAGUGAGUCACGUUAACCGCAAACGGCAGACUCAGGUUUAGAAUUUCUCAAAAUGGAAAUGAGCCGAUAAGAACAGUCUAAAACAAUUCUCAUGACGAAAGUAACGUGAAACACCUUUUUGCAUGGAAGAACAGUUUAACACAAGUAAAGGGAAAACUUGGUCACGUUGCACAAGUUGACGUUUGCUGUUUGCUGUUCAGUGCUGUAAGCGUGACUCUAAAUCUCUCUACUAUCGUUGGUCCGGUGGGAAGUCGAUCCUGGGCCUUCUUGCUCCAAAAUCUGGUACUCAGUCAAUUUAAUUUUUAAUCCCGGCGAGCCCUAAUUUGCACAAGAAAGUAAAACCCUGAAGGAUUCUGGUAGUAGUAGUCUAACGAUGUCAUCGCGCAAAUCGCCUAUUGAGCUUACCAGUCUCCGGUUGUGUUUUUCAAAAUCCCAUUGUACUCGGAUAAGAAGACAAGAUACUUUGGUUAAACUUUACUCAAGAGUCUUCAAGAUGUACUGGCACCAGAAAAUACAUAUUCAAAAUUUUUCAUCUCUUGGAUAACUGACAGAAUAUAGAUUUAAAUUUGGAAUGUUCAUUUACUUUUUUCCAGUCAGGUGAAAUUUUAUGAGCAUGUUUGUGCCAGGCUGUGUGCACUUGUGGCUUCUGCUCCUGUUGCCUGCUUUCCAACUCUGGUGAGUUGUGCUUUGUUGGAGUUUUGGGAUCCAAUGGAAGUUUCAUACCUUUCGAAAGUCUCAUUUAUUUCGACUGCAUGCCUACGCACAUAAAAAUUACGUGACAAUGGAAAUCCACCUCAACGGCGGAAUUAAUCGCCUGCUUUGUUGUGACUUCUCGUGUUUGCACCUUUCUUAAACACUUUUCACGUCAUUGCUUUUUAGUUCAAUAACAAACAGACAACGAAAUUAAAAAUCGGGGCAAAUUGAUGCACUUCACAUAGUCUUCAAAGUUUUUAGUGGAAUAUUUUUGAAGUUAAGAAAUAACACGUUUCCUUUAGUGGUGAUCUGAUGAAGUAACUCUUGAUUCCUGUGAUCGUCCUCCAAACAACUCAGUCAAGAGAUAUACCUAGACCAAAACCUUGACCAACAUAGUAUGUAAUUCCUUCCUGACUGAGUCUUUUGAGUUGCUAGGGUUUUACUGGUUUUACUACGCUACGUUGUGUGAUUUGAUCUCCUUUUAUAACCAUUGUUUUGUGUUUUAGUCAGGCUCUCUUUAAUAUCCUGUAGGAACGAUGUCUUCUAGAGAAAGUCCUUGAAGAUGAUUUGUUGUGUGCUUUACUUGCUAGUGACGUGUGGUGUUUCAUGGCCAGGUAAAGAAUGGAUAAUUUGAGAUUGCGUACGAGACUGGGUCAGUGCUGUAUCGAAUUGCACUAUGGUACAACUUUGAUAGUCUCCUUCGCAGCCGCUUGGGCCGGAGUCACGCAAUGCUCGCGUGGGGGCAAGGAGCAUUGCGUGACUCCAGCCCUAGCGGCUGCGAAGGAGACUACACCUUUGAGGGACCAAUUUUGACCCAGUCUCCUACUCCUCUUUUUAACAACCAAUAAAAUGAGCAGUAGCGUCCCUAAAAGAGCCCCAUAGUGCAAUUAGUGCAAAUUCUUCCAAGCCGCACAAACUCUUGGUAAACAUUUACUUUCGGUUUUUCACUUUUUUCAUAGGUAAGUGGAUUACAAUUACAUUGUUUCUGCUUAAUAUCUCUUACUUUCCUAAUAAUGUGAGUAUGAGCGCUUAUAACAUGUUUUAACAUAUCAUGGUUUUGUUGUUGUUAAUCACUAGAUGGGGGUCUGCUGAGCUUUGUGCUGGACACGUGACAGUUCUUACUCAACUGGUAAGUUGCUAAAUCUUGUAUCAUUCUUUAGUUGAUAUACCACUUCGACAAAUACUUUUGUCAAGCGUUCUUCCUUUUCCUGAAAGUCCUGAAAAUGCCCUGUAACUUGAUGUUAGAAUUCAAGGGUGCUUUAAAAAUGCCUUGUUAAGAAGAAGUCCUGCUCAAAGUGCUUGAAAACGUCUUGAAUUUUCCUUCAGAUAUCGUAUCAUUUCAAAGUAAUUUGAAGAUUGAGCGCAAAUUAGAAAAUCGAGGAUAGAUUUUGGGAAAAUAUGCAACUCGGCCUGCACUGAACACUUUUAGAAAACUCAAUUGUUGGUGCUUGAAUUCUUCUUGAAUACUAAACCCAGUAUAUACCCUGGUAGUACUCUUCAAGAACGGCGCUCAAUGUUUUGUAACUUGUAUUUAUGGCAAUAAUACUUUUCUUUUUCAGUUACUGAAGUUACCCCAAACAGAAACCGCGCAUUUUCACCUUUCAUUGCUUAUUCAGCGUCUUGUUCGACUUAUGGCGGUUGAACACCAAGUACGUAAAAUUAUGAGUUGUUAAUAAAAACAAACACACGCCUGACUGUGGCAACUAAUAUUCGAGCCGACUUUUUCCAUUGUAGCGAACAAAUUUAAUGGCUAUAUAGAACUUCAGUGUCACGGAUGACCAAGAAGAAAGGGCGGUCCCGUGAACAGUGAUUAUCAGUGAUAUUGUUGCAAAUAGUUAUGGUGAGUCCUAGGACUUACACUUUUCACGGGAGUAUUUCAUAUUGUUGCAUCAACUUUUAAAUAAUCAAAACGUGAUUCCACUUGAAAGGCAACAUGAGCAUAUAUGGGCCAAUUUAUAUAUCUCAAUUUGGCCUUAUCACGCUUUGUAUACUUUGUCAUCAGGAGGCUCUUGUAAGUUCCUUCCCGCCGUCAAAAGAGGAAAAUAUACGGGCCUGGUGUGCGUUUCCCAUACAAGAUAUGCCUGAGGUUGUUAAGAAAAAGGUAACCUGUAACAAUGAUAGUUUGAUUGAUCAAAGAGUGGGUUACUUACUAGGUAAUUACAGCAAACAAAUACACACACAGACGCGCGUGCAAAAUGAAUAUCUUUAUAAUCAAAGGACAAGCUCACUUCGGAAAGAACGUUACUUUUUAAAUCCAAAUUUUAAAAGUGGCAACAUGUUUAUUUUUGACCUUUGUGAUAGCCUGAAGAGUCUAUUCGAUCCUUUCCUGCAAAGAUCUAGAACAUUCAGCACCGUUAGCCUUCGUUUUGUAUUUUCCUCAGUUUCUUGAUAGAAAUAGUAAUCAUAAUAAAGAAGUACAAACAAAAGAGCAAGCUCAGCAUGUUUGAGCUGUUUGGAUUCUCCCGCCGGAUGUAUGGGGAUUCCUUUAUCUUUCGAGUCUGUGGACCAAACCUUGUGCUGUGACCAUUCACUCAUUCAAGACUUCUUCAUCAUGAAGAAAAAUCAUUCAGUGCCAAUUUGUCCUUUCUGUAGCUAUCACAAGGCUCUCCUUGAGAAAAGAAUUUAAGAAGGUAAAGGAGGGUACUAUCAACGUCGUCUUAAUCUUGGGCCCUCUUUUAAACUGUCUUCGCCCGUGACCCUGUUGUUGAUAUAGUCUAAACAAAUUUUCUGAGCCUUAAACAUGACUAUUAAACUCGACAAGCUCUCCUCCACUGCUCUAUUUUCUAGAUUUGCCGUACCCUUGUUCCUCUGUGCAUAAAAGUUGGACACUCGAGGACUACAACACAUCAGCCUGUGAAAGAUGACGUCUUGGUUAGUACGUUCGCGAAUGAUGUACAAAUUAAAGCAAAAUUUCGUUUUCCCAUGUCUUUUGCAAGAGGAGAAGUUCUAUUUUUUCCAUUCUUGUUUAUCUUGUAUGUAGAGGUGUUUUCAUGAAAGAAAAAAAGAGUAACGUCGAAGGUUGGGAAUUCCAUCCAAUUGAGCAGCUAAUUUACGGCUUAUUUUUUCUAGUCAAGCUGAAGUGACAUGCGUGCUGCAUGCUGCUAGGAAAAGGAAUGUCUAAAGUGUCUUAUUAGCCAUUUAGAGGUUGAGCAUGAGCAGAUGAGACUAGGUUUAUGUUGUGUCGAAUUGCAUCAUGGGACUGUUUUGGAGACACUAUCGCUUCCUUUGUUGACUGUUACAAAAUAGCUCACGUUGGGUAAAUUAAAAUUCUAACAUGACUCCGAGGCUUUCCGGUCAUUUUCUCUAUAUUUGGUUUUGUUUUCUUUGUGCUCAAGUCUCUUCUGGGAAUUGAGAGACAAUGGGGUCCUGAAAAAUUUGCUCUUUUGACGCUAAAACCUCGGAGUCAUGUUAGAAUUUUGAUAUACUGAAUGUGGGCUUUUGUGCAGGAACAACCCAGUCUCACGCGCCACUUUAAAAUAGCCAGUGCGGAGGCAAAAUAAUAUAUACGUGAAUAUAAAAAAAAGAAUUCGUUGAAGGCAAUGAACGUGACACAUGCUGGACGUUAGUAGUGUAGGGCGCACCGAAUUAACACCGAAUACAUUAACGCCGUGUCGGUAGGGUUGGUGUGAGGUCGAUGUGGGGAAAAUAAUAGAAAAAAGGGACACUAAAUUAAUAUUGACCGCGGUAAAAUCAACGCCGUUGUUUUCUUAGAUCUCAAAAAGGCCUUCGACACAGUUGACCAUGAGAUCCUUUUAUCAAAAUUAAGCAAUUACGGCAUAUAUGGUAACGCGCACCAAUGGUUUAAGUCGUAUUUAGAGAGUCGUACUCAAAUGUGCUCCAUCAACGGUUCACUCUCUCAAAGCUGUUUAUUAAGUUGUGGUGUUCCCCAGGGGACGAUUUUAGGUCCAUUAUUAUUUCUGUUAUACAUCAACGAUCUUCCAAACUGUCUUUCAAAUUGUGAGCCGAGGAUGUACGCUGAUGACACCCACCUUACAUACGCAGGUGAUAAUGCAGACAAUAUUCAGUUGCAUCUAAAUCAAGAUUUAGAAAAUGUUCACAAUUGGCUGAGAGCAAACAGACUUACUCUAAAUAUGACUAAAACCGAAUUUAUGCUCAUCGGAUCUAGGCAGAGGCUAAGUACUCUCACAGAGUCCCCGACAUUUGCAAUUAAUGAUUUUGAAGUUAGCCAGAUCACUACUGCAAAAUCACUUGGAGUGACCAUCGAUGACAGACUUGAUUGGAGUGGCCAUAUCGAGAAAGUAACAAAGAAAGUCGCUUCUGGUAUUGGGGCUAUAAAACGAAUAAGGCACCUUGUCCCUCAGGCGACCUUACAACUAAUAUAUCAAGCUUUAAUACAGCCACACUUUGAUUAUUGCAACAUUGUUUGGGGAAACUGUGGGAUAACCUUACGGAAUAAGGUUCAAAAGCUACAAAACAGAGCAGCCCGUGUUUUGACCUACUCAAGCUAUGACGUAGAUGCUGGUCACCUUUUCAAACUUCUAGGGUGGAAAAACCUAGCUUGCCAGCAACAAUUUCAAAGAGCUACGAUGGUUUACAGGUCUCUGCACGGGUUGGCUCCAAACUAUCUUAGUUCUAAAUUUGAAAGGCGAGAAGUCGCAUAUAACCUAAGGGACUCUGAAAAUAAACUCAAUGUUCUAUUACCGCGCACAAACUAUUACAAAAACAGCUUCAGCUAUAGUGGCGCCAUUCUCUGGAACAGUCUUCCUUGUAACUUAAGGGAAGCAGAGUCCCUUGGGCAAUUUAAACGACUACUCAAAGAACUGUAAGGCACGGCAUUCGUGGAAAGCAGCUUUUUUAUUUAAAUAUUUUUAUUAUAUUAGUAUUAGGCAUUUUUAAAGCUGACGAAUUUUGUACCUUGGAUAAAUAAAGAUUAUCUAUCUAUCUAUCUAUCUAUCUAUCUAUCUAUCUAUCUAAUUGUGGAGGUGUAGGAGGAGAGUGGGGUAAGUAAAACAUUGCUAAAAAGAGCUAGUUUGCCUUCGCCUUCAUUAAUAUGCACGAUUUGCCCGGCAAGAAUCAGUGAACCGGAACUGGGACAAUGACAACGGUAGAAAACAGAACGUGACUAUUUACGUUACGGCUCAGGCGAGUUUGAGUUUAUUUCUCAGACACCAUGAAUCAACCAAUGAAAACGUUUCUUCUUUUCUAAUCAACCAAUCAAAAACCAAGACAUCAUCCAUCUAAAAAGUAUAACCGUAGCUAAAUGAGAUUCCUGCGCAUUUUAUUCACUAGUUAAAGACAAAAGGCUAUGAUGUCAUCGGCGUUAAUGUCUUUCACUUCAAAUUAACGAGAUUCCACUUUAAAAAAGGGGAUCAAUUCGGUUCACCCCAUACUACUGACGUUAAACUUUUUUUAGGAAAUAAAAUGCACCAUUCUUCUUUAUUUAUACUGACACUGCUGAUCCCAGACGAUUGCGGUGCUGUUCUCAAAUGUUAAGGACAAAAAAUGUUUGGUUAUAAGUCCCGCUUGAGUCCCAGAACUGCAGGCAUGAACCAAGUGCCUCCGACCGGUAUAAAUCGCGUCGAAGACUCAGCGUUUUCUUCCUAGAUAGAUACCACAGGCUAGAAAUUCCGAACAUGACGUCUUUCUUAUGCGUUGUUCACAUUGUUUUUUCCAAAGUGUGAUUGUCUGUGUUGUCUUGAGAGAGUGUACGGUUUAGCUGAAGUGGAACAGUACGUCCCUCCAGUUCAUCAAUCUGCUGUUAUUGAACUUGUUAACAGCCUGUGGUCUCUGAGCAAUCAAGGCAAGGAGAAUUCAGGGGUACGUACAGCCCAUUAGCACUAUUGUCUUACAUUGCGUGCUUUUUGAUUAGUUUUCUUCAACUUACUUGAAACCCGGGGGUCAAUAGUCCAGUUUCGAGUUCGCUAUGACCGCUGAAUUAAAGAAGUGAAGACGGAUUUUUUACAGGGUUAGUCUCCAUCUGAAGUAGUAUAUUCACAAAUUCCAACGAGAGAAAGACCAGUUUAUUACUCUGUCUAUUGUGUAUAUUCAAAUUUCAAACACUUACUUGCCGGAAUUUCUGAAUAUUUUACUUUACGUCGAGGCUAACCCAGUAUAAAUGUGCUGUUAAUGUUUGUAUUCAGCGGUAAUUUUUAAUUCGAAACUGGACUAUUAAGUGUAAUUUACCUGUGGUUGACCAUUCUCGUAAGUUCCUUUACAUGCUACACGCACAAGUCACUUUCCUUUGAUUUCAUACCAAGCUGUCCUUCCCGGUCUGUUUUUAGGCCAACAUCAUAAUUUUCAACAAUUUGGUUGAUGAAGAAACAAUCUCAAAAGGUUGAGUUUGAAACAAUCUGUUGUCAGUAAGCCUGGAUUGUUGAAUCGAACUCUUCGUACUAAUUCUUUCUAUAAGAUGGUCCAGUGAUACCUGUUAACUUGUGUUUUUCAGCAUCUCGAUAUCAAGACCCGUUGUAAGUUACUGGAUUUGUCUUCUAUUCUGCUACAUAUUAUUCAACCAGAAGACUAUGCUAAGGUACAAUAUCCUUUUUUCAUUACUAAUAACAAGGUGUACUUCUGGCUCUGUUUCUGGCUGUGGAUGUUAUCUGUCCAACACCAGUCAGAGUCUUUUCUUUUCGAUGAGAGACGGCUGUAUUCACAGACUAUAUGAAGCGUAAUAGGGUAUUGACGAACAUCGAAGUGUUUAAUGUUGUGGGAAACACGGCGAUGAGUGUGAAACAUACCUUCUCAUACGAAGUGAUUUCUGAGAAGAGUUAAAGAUGCCAAAACGAGAAGUGUUUUACUAGAUAUGUAAUUACGUCACGGUACUCGAUUUCUUUUGUCUUUGCUUUUCGAUUUCUCAAAAAGCUUUUAACAAGUUUUGCUAAAACAAAAAUACCUAGCUAGAAGCUCAGGCGAAUAAUCUUAGGGGACUUAAAAUUUUCACAGGAUAGAUCCUCUGCGUUUAGCACUGUUCAAAGGCAGUUUCUCAAAACGCGAGCAAUUUGUGAAGGGGAGAAAGGAGGAUGAGAAAAUCAAGUUGACAUUCCAAUAAUUGUUUUUUUCUGAUGUUCCCAUUGCAUGUGGCUUCUUUAUGCAGAUUUUAAGUGGUUUAAAAACUCUUCUUAGCCAGUGUCCGAGUUUGGAACUACGUGAAGCAGCCGCACAGUUUCUUGGAAAAUGCGGCAGUAAAGAAAUUCCAGAGCUGUAUGAGGUAAGGAUGGGCAUGUUUAAAUAUUUUCGGUUUUAGUGUCAUUUUAUAGUAUCGUUAUGGAUUAUAUUUUUAUCAAAUAUUUACUGUGUGAACAUUUAUUCAUUUUUAAAAAGAGGUGCCACGAUCGGGGAAAUUGAUGGAAAACGUAUUUUUCAGGUCAAAAAAAUUUGGUAAUUUAGUUCUUUCAAAGUCAGUAAAAAAUACGCCUAUUAAGUAUUUUAUGUCAUGCAAAUGAGGCUGAAGAAGAUGAAAAGCAAAUUAUGUAAGUCGGUGAAAGUCGUUUAAAGGUCAAGGAAAAGAAGGUGAACUCGUUUUCUUGAAAAUGAGAUCCCUAAGAACCAUUUUAAUGGUUCUUAGGGAUCUCAUUAAAAACAAUCUGAUGAUCUUAAAAGAUCCUCUUUGCACAAGAUUCUCUUUGAACUUAUGUGGAAUUUUCUUAGGCCGCAGUUCUGGGCGACAUUACAGGCAUGUUCUCCUGUCUGGUUAGUGACGAUCAUUGGCUGGUGCAUCAAAAGGCAUUUCAGAGCGUCAAAGCUUUUGCGGAGGUAAGCCCAAAGUUUAAGCAAGCCCUUCACUAUAUAAACAAACGAGCAACUAAAAGACGGUGUCGGGCAAAAAAAAAAAAAGGGUUUAGAGGGCAAAACAACACCUUUACACGUGCAUCAUAUUUUUUUGUAAAUUUCUUUGCCGUUUUUGCAUGAAUGACUACCACGUGAAAUUGCUUAAUGUUACAUUUAAUGUCCUAGUCUAACUUGUAUGAAAUGCUUGAGCCAGCUUCUCUCCAUUUCUCCGAGUUUUUAAAAUCGUACAUUGAUUUGUCACCAGGUCACUCGAUACACCCAUGUGAUGGGAGACUGUGUUCCAGAGAGCUUACUUCCGGCUCUGUCCGAUUUCUUAAAUGAGGUUUGUUCUUCUCGUUGUUUCGUUGUUACAAGUUGUUAGUUUUACUGGUUAAGCAGUAGUCAAAUCUUAAGACAGUUACCCCUUCUAGAAGUGUAGCACAUGACUAAGUAGUGUGGUAGGCAGUAGACAUUGUGGACCUGACAAUGCUUCUGAUGUGCAAAUCUCAUUCUGAGGCGAUUCUCUGGCAAUUUCUUUGCGAUUUGUCAAUCCUUACGUCAUGGUGACCGUAGGGUGCAUUUGAUCAGAUGUAAACACUUACCAGCUGAGAGACCUAAAGAAGAGCUUCUUGUAACUCUUGUGAAUAAAUUUUGCCAUUAAUUAGCUUGCAUAUCAGGCACUUUAUGGACCAAGGGAGGCGAGGCUCGCGCUUCGCACAAAAUGCCGCGUUUGCCUUCCUCGGCUCAUGAAGCGCCUCUUUUGCAGGCUACCAUUAAUAGCAACGUUUUCGCAGCGAUGAAACCGUAAACGCCUUAACUUACUCAUGCAGCUGAGCAAAAAUCGCACUAAGUAUGGCCUGUGUAAGCGAGUCUUGAGGCAUGGUUAUUUUCAAGAAGUGUAUUAGCUCACGAUUGUGUGUUUAAAUUUUGCAGCUUCCUUUCAGACACAAUUACUUUCCUGCAGACGCUGUAUCCUUUACGACUGAAUUUACUGAGUUUUGCCAACCGUGCGAACGCUGGACUUAGUCUAUUGUUCAGACCUAACCAGCUCGCCCUUUUGGACCUUAGUUUGCCGCGUUUUACUUGUCUGCGUUUGUCGACCAGUCACUUAAGAUAUUCCUCAAAGGGAAGAUUUGCAACGACGAUUUUUAGGUCAACAUGGCGGUGCAAUGUCGGAACAAUGUUGUAACUAUUCCAGACAAUUUUGCAACGCUGUGUCGCACUAAAAAUCGUCGUUGUGAAUCGUCACGUAUAACAUCACCUUAAGAUAGUUUUUGUUUGUUGAAUUAUUCACAUCCCAGGUUGACUCUACGUAAGAAAACUGAUUUAUCUACCUUGUAGCACAAGCCAGGUGAGGUGAGGUGAGUUGGUGAGUUAAUUUUUCUUGACACAGAUUAUUAGGAAUCCGAUAAAGAAUUUUUAAAACAUCAGCUGGACGAAGCAGGCGCGGGAGAGAGUCAGUCCCCUGAUUCCGGCGCACUGGAUGAGAAGGAGAUUCCCAUCCUUGACAACAGUGGUCGGUCACGUGACGCAAGAACUAAAGAAAGCACGGGAGAGGUAUGGAAUUAUCCACCAGGCCCCAGUUGUUCAAAAGCUAGAUAGCGCUAUUCAUCGGAUAAAUCUGGGAUAAAUCUGUAUCCAGUGGAUAAGUAUUAGUAAAACCAAUUGCGCUAUUCACUGGAUAGAGAUUUAUCCAGUGGAUAGCGCUAUUUACCUUUUAAACAACUGAGGCCCGCAGUGGGGUAAAUAACAUUUAAAAAUUGCCGGCUCUCGUAGCAAGGGUAGAAAGGAUGGGGAGAGUGGAACCUUUUUCAUCUUCGCGUUUUUCACCUGGACUCUCUCACCCAUUCGUUUACGCUUGAGAAGCUUGCUGAAAGCUUGCUCACUUAAAGUCACUGUAUUUAGCAUGAAACUGCCGAAUUCUUAAACUUUAAGAGAACACUGUCUGUAUACAUUUAAAAGUAACUACAAAUAUGCUUAAAAAAGCCUUUAAAUAAUUACCGAGUAGUAACUGCCUCAGGGGCGUGGCUAGACUAUAUUGUAAUGUACACAUAGAGGGAGAUUUGGCCAUGUAUCUGAAGGGUCAGAGGCAUAUAACCCCAAAAUACCCCCAAGAUACUCGGAAUGCUGUUGUUAAGGCGCUGUCAAGUAUAAUGACCUACAUUUCUGCAUUGUCUUAGAUUAACUAGCCAGUAGCCUGUAUUUCUGCAAACAUUCAGUAGCCUGUGUACAGACGCCCCCUUUCCUAAAAAAAAAAUCGGGGAGGGGGGGGGGGCGCUCUCCACGAUUUUUUAUUUUCAUUUUUGAGGGGAGGUGGGCGUCUGUGCACAGGCUACCAAUUUAGAGGUUUUCGCUUCGAGUCUAAAUAACCCUUGUUUUUCAUACACAUGUAAAUGUAUUGCAGUUUGAUUGAAGAAGCAGAACAACUUAAAACGUGGUCAUCACGCAGUAUAAUACUCGUUGUUGCUGCCUACACCUUGUUUCCCCUUAGUAGCCUUUGCUUAGUGCAUCCUUGGUAGUAGUUUGAUCGUGGUCAUUAUCGCACAUCCUCAGUAUCUGGUAAAUCAAGCUCUUUAAGUUGUUACAGCUGACAACGUGGACUCUUUGGUGUUUUCUACAUUUCCGGUUCGACAAAUCUAAAUUCGCUUUUUUUUUUUUGGAUCCGGUGAGAAAAUAACAGUCAGCCAUCUGAUGACAGUUUCAUCUGUUGCAGCCUGAGGCGAAACGCUUCAAAAUACAUGAAGGUCCAUCCUCAUUUAAAAACCAGGUGAGAACGUGAAUGUAAAGAAACAAUUGAAUGUUUAUUCACCAGGGCCGAAUUGUGAGAAACCUGAUUAGCAUUAAGCGUUAAAUGUAAACGGAGAAUGUCAGUUAUCAUGGUAUCAAUCCUGCUAAUCUUUCUUCGAACAAUUUUGUAGCCUGCGUAGCUGAUGGAAUUCAGCCUCUCGUGAGUGAGGUUUUGGCGGCGGAGCCGCGAGAAGCGAGCGCCGAACAGCCGAAAGCCCGAGAAACUUCCGCCUGCCGGAUAACUUGGCUAUUUUUAAUGCCGCCCACUUUUCACACUUUGUUAAAACCAAUUGUAGCAACCAAUCAGAGUAAGGGUGUAAUGCAAAACCCACAUGUAUCAAUCCCUAUUCUCCGCGCGAAUAUGCAACUCUGCCUCAUCUAAAACGCGAUAACGUGACGAUCCCGCAAGCUACGCAGGCAAACAAUUCUGCUCCGAUGUUUUUAUUAGGCUUCUCAAAUAUACUACUUUGAAUCCUACCAGAGUAUUGAACAGUUUGCCCAGGAAUUUGUUGUGUGGAAAACUCAUAUUUUGUGACUUUUCUGACACGAUAAACUAGCUUCCAACUGCUUGAGAGUUAAAAGAUGUUACAGCAUUUCCCCAGUCUUUAUAACUGUUUACAACUACAAUUUUAACAAAAGUUGUGUUGUUCCCUCACUAAUCUCAACUCAGAUUUAACGUAUUUUUUGUUCGCUUUAGGGAGAGAGGCUUUACGAAGAAGCUCUUACUAAAAUGAAGAUCCCACUUUCAACAAUCCUCGAUCUCAGAAAGCAGUUUAUACCUUCCCCGAAAGUAACAAAGCAAAUUGAAGAAAUUCAAAGAGUUCUGCAAGAGUUCGUUAACAAUAGCACUGAAUAA